AUGGAUACUCAUCUUCGUCCCUGCCACAUCCUCGUUGCAGGUGGCGGCGUCGCAGGCCUGACAUUAGCCCUAGCCCUCGAGAAACAUAAUAUUCCCUAUACCCUGCUUGAAUCGUACCCUAACCUUAUCCCAAAGGUCGGAGCUGGGAUCUGCCUGCUCCCAAACGGACUUCGAAUAUUAGAUCAGCUGGGAUGCUAUGAGGAUCUACGAGGGAGGGUGGGAGCAAACAAUGUCCUGGAGGCGGUGUAUGUGCGUGAUCAUCACGGGACGGAGUUGCAUAUUUCGGAUGGAUGGAAGGAAAGAAUGGAGGCGCGAUGGGGCUAUAAUGGUCUCUGGUGUGAUCGCUCAAUGCUCCUCGAGACACUUUACGACCACAUCAUCGACAAAUCAAAACUACUUACAGGCAAAAAGGUUGAAAGAAUCCGACAUUUAGAAGAUAUAGUCGAGAUUACCACGACAGAUGGAUCAAAAUAUACAGGCGACAUCGUUGUGGGCACAGACGGAGUUCAUUCCCGCGUUCGACAAGAAAUGGUUCAGUAUGCCAAAGAGCUGGGAGUAGCAGAGGACUACACAGAUGAUGACCUAAUUUCAGCCACAUAUGCUUGCCUCUUCGGCCUCUCGACCUCAACACCCACCCUUCCUCGCGGCCUUCUGGGCUGGAAUCUCGGACAUGACUACUCCUAUAUAACAGGCACGGGUCCUGAAGACCGUACAUACUGGGGGCUGAUGAUAAAGCUCGAUAGAACAUACUACGGUAAGGAAAUUCCAGUGCUUACAGAAGAAGAUAAAGAGCGCAUUAUACGAAAGCACUGGGAUGAUCCGAUCACCGCCGAGAUACACUUGUCGGAUCUCUAUAAGAGAAGCAUUCAUAUCCUUGCCUCUCCGCUCAGGGAGAUUGUUUUAAAAAAGUGGUUUUGUGGACGCAUGGUUGUUCUCGGGGACGCUGCGCAUAAGAUGCUGCCUAUAAUAGCUCAAGGCGGAAACCAAGCUUUUGAGACCGUCGCUGCCUUUACAAAUGAGCUUGUGUCUGCUCUUUGCCGCCCUUGCAUCGGUGUUGCUAGUAGCAAAACUCCUCUUUCACUUUCAGAGCUCCGGUCCUUGUUCAGCACGCUCCAGACCCAACGCAUGCCCCGACUAUCCGCCAUGGUCGAAAUGGCCCAGAACAGGCAAAGAAUGGAUGUAAUGGCGACGCGCGAGCUGGAGGAAUUUGUGCUGAAUAAGUUCCCGGCCAUGAUGCCAGGGGCUUUGGUGGGGAGGUGGGAUCAGGGGUUUCCGGGAGCUGUCUCAUUUAGACGUCUGCAGAUGCCGGAAAGAAAGAAGGAGCUACCGUUCGAUGACGAACGCCCAACAGCACAAUGA